AUGCGUGCCGUAGUAUAUUCUGCCGUUUUUAUAUUUUUACAGCUUUCAUGCAUGUCGGCAAUGUUUAAUAUACCACUACGUUGCUUUUUAUUGGACAUGGACUGUGCAAAGAAUUUAAUACAGAAUCAUAUGGCUCUGUUAUCUGAGGCAGUUGACCCCAUGCAUAUAGAUUUUCUAAGAGUUGAUGAGCAAGGAUUUAAAGGUGACAUAACUAAUUUAACAGUGACUGGUAAUAAGGACGCUAUUCUUGAUAGUACAGAUUUCGAUUACAAUAAAAUGGAGAUUAUACUUCAAUAUCAUAUGGAUUUGUCAUUGAGAGGCCUUUAUAAGUCCAGUCCUAUGGACCCAGGAGCGGAUGUAUCGAUGCUAAUAAAAAACAUUCACGUCACUUUGAUGAUGCCUUUUGAAAUCAUUCGAAAUGGUGUUGAUAAUAAAUUUAUUAACAUUAAAGCCUUCAAAUAUGAUUAUCAAAUCAAAAACGACAUCCAAAGCUACAUCAGUGAUUUAUAUCGCCACGCUUACAGAGGAGAAAAUAUUCUGAACAGCCCUAAGAACUAUAAACUGAUUGCAAUUCCAUUUGGAAGAAGUUUUAUGGACAAAAUUUUGGGCAACGUAUUUGAGAUUGUUAGAUCCCAUUUAUUAUCGCAACCAUUAUUGAAUUUAUUCAUAUACUAA